UUCAGCCAGAUGCAGGAAGUUCAACAUCCCUUGCAGGCAGGCAGGCGCUCCCCCCAAACACCACCACUCAUGCGCAGUGUGUCCAGAGUGGAGGAAUGAUGGCGUCCUCGGCAGCUCGCUGCUCCUCACGCUGGAUCACAGUCAUCGUGUCCUCUGGACAGCGCAGGGCCGCCGGUGCUGCUGCUGUUGUCCGCGCCGGUCAUGGGUCAGGAGGGGCCCGCGGUGUGUCGACACUGGGAGCGGAGACGCUUUGGCGGGGAGGGAGCGUGAUGUGCGGCGGAGCAGGCGGAGCGUUGACAUUGAGAGGGCUGUCAGGUAUUAAAUCACCCCAUGUUGUCUACAAACUGUCCUUUCACACAAGUGCCCCUGCUAGCAGCAAGCAGGACUUCUACCAGAUCCUCGGCGUGCCACGCACGGCAACCCAGAAAGAGAUCAAGAAAGCUUACUACCAGAUGGCCAAAAAGUAUCACCCUGAUACCAACAAAGAUGACCCACAAGCCAAGGAGAAAUUUGCUCAGCUGGCUGAGGCUUACGAGGUCCUGAGUGAUGAAGGUAAGAGGAAGCAGUACGACACGUAUGGCUCGACUGGUUUUGAUGCUGGUCAGGCCGGUGGAGGGCAGCAAUACUGGAGCGGACAAACCAGCAAUGUGGACCCAGAGGAGCUCUUCCGCAAGAUCUUUGGGGAGUUCUCAGGAGGCCGUGGCUUCGGAGAUUUCAAUGCCAUAUUCGAUCAGCCGCAGGAGUACGUCAUGGAGCUGACGUUCACUCAGGCAGCAAAGGGAGUGAACAAAGAGAUAUCCGUCAACAUAGAAGCAGCCUGCCAGCGCUGUGAUGGUAAAGGCCACGAACCAGGCACCAAGGUCCAGCAUUGCCACUACUGCAACGGCUCUGGCAUGGAGACCGUGAACACGGGCCCGUUUGUGAUGCGCUCCACAUGUCGUCAGUGUGGCGGCAAAGGCACCGUCAUCUCCCAUCCCUGUCACACUUGCCGUGGGAGGGGACAGACCAAGCAGAAGAAGGCUGUGAUGGUUCCUGUGCCAGCAGGAGUGGAGGAUGGUCAAACAGUCAGAAUGCCAGUUGGUAAGAAGGAGAUCUUCAUCACAUUUAGGGUCCAAAAAAGUCCCGUGUUCAGGAGGGACGGUGCGGACAUCCACUCUGACCUUUUGAUCUCCGUGGCACAAGCUAUCCUGGGCGGCACGGCUAAGACGCAGGGCCUUUAUGAAACAUUAAAUUUAUCUAUCCCCGCAGGCGUCCAGACGGACCAGAGGAUCCGUCUGGGAGGGAAGGGUAUCGCUCGUAUUAGUGGCUAUGGCUUCGGAGACCAUUAUGUCCAUGUAAAAAUAAAAGUACCAAAGACACUGACCGACAGACAAAGAGCUCUGCUAAUGAGCUACGCUGAGGAUGAGACGGAAGUGGAGGGGACGGUGAACGGUGUCACUGCCACCACCACAGGUGGGGGCAGCAGUGCUAGGCCCUCUGAGGCAGGGCAAAGCGGGCAUGACGAGAAGGAAGGAGAGUUGAAACAAGAGGGGGGCUUCUUCUCCAAAUUAAAGAAAGUGUUUAGUUCUUCCUAACAGCCACAAAGGAGUAUUAUUUCCCCCAACUCCACCACAGGUAAAAGAUCAUCCUGGAACUGAGAAGCAACAUCAGUAGAUCAGAGGGCAGAAAAAAAGGACAACAUAAAACAAUAGCCACAUUAUAAAAGGACAGGUGGUUGAGGAGUAUUGGGUGUUGGAUGAGGCCCACAAAGGUUCUGGAUGGGAUCAGUAUGGAUCUACCUACCCAGCCCUGCAAUGAGUAAAGCGGAGGAUUACCUGAUCUGUCCCUCUGCCAAAGUGAAUCCGCACAACAAGAGGAUGUUCCAGUGCAUCAGUCACCUCUCAAAUGUCUGUUGAGGCCAUUCGAGCAGCGUUUAUCAUAGCAGUCAUCGGUGCAUGUUGGUUUUCUGUUGAUCGCCUUGAGAAGAACAUGAUGGGGGAUAACAGAAUCCAUGUGCACAGAGAUAAAAUAACGUUGACAAAGACUACAGAUACAGUGAAUCGUUUUAUUCGGGAUUAAGUGAACCUCCUGUUGUCUUGUUCCGUAGGCUUCAGUUGUGUUUUCAUGAGUGCUUGAAUCUUUCCUACAAUACUCAGUCCGUCUGCAGAUAGUCAGUCUCCUGUGUGAGAAUGAAACUGUGGAAAAAUUCAUUCAGAGAUAUGCACCUUCAUUGCAUUUGUACAUAGACAGUUGUGGAUCAUACAGUUGAAUAAAUGUGUCACAUAGAAAAGAUAUACUGUACAUCUAUAAUAAAGUUAUUGUGUGGGAA